GGGGGUUUGUGGGUAGGGUAAAAUGGUGGUUGUGAUGUGUUGCUGGUGGCUUUCCCGCCGUCUGUUGUCAAGGGCAGGCUCUGGUGUUUCUGUGUUAGCUGCAUUGCCACCUAAAUUGCAGCAACACCGCCAAGUCCAUCAUGCAUUAAUCCCUCAUGGAAGAAGCGGAAGAUCCUCUGUUAGUGGCAUCGUGGCCACUGUCUUCGGAGCUACAGGUUUCCUGGGACGAUAUGUUGUCAAUCGUUUAGGUCGCAUUGGAUCUCAAGUAAUCAUCCCCUAUCGCUGUGAUCGGUAUGACCUCAUGUAUCUACGACCGAUGGGUGACCUGGGGCAACUUCUCUUCUUAGAAUGGGACUGUAAGGAUAAAGACUCUAUCCGAAGAGCCGUGGAACACAGUAAUGUCGUCAUUAAUCUCGUUGGAAAGGAGUGGGAAACAAAAAACUUCAGUUUUGAAGAUGAAUUUGUAAAUAUUCCUAGAAGUAUUGCCCAGGUAACUAGGGAAACUGGUGUGGAAACACUUGUGCAUAUAUCUCACCUGAAUGCUAGCAUGAAGAGUCCUUCCAAAUACCUCAGAAGUAAAGCAGUUGGAGAGAAAACAGUGAGGGAAGAAUUUCCAGAUGCUAUAAUUCUGAAGCCUUCUGAGAUGUUUGGGAGAGAGGACCGCUUUCUCAAUCAUUAUGCAAACAUGCGCUGGUUUGGUGGUGUGCCUCUUAUUUCUUUGGGCAAAAAGACAGUGAAGCAACCGAUAUAUGUGGUUGAUGUUGCGAAGGCAAUUAUUAAUGCAAUUAAGGAUCCUGAUGCUAAAGGGAAAACAUAUGCCUUGGCUGGACCUAAUCGAUACCUCCUUUAUGACUUGGUAGAGUACACCUAUGCCGUGUCUUUUCGAACCUUUUUUCCAUAUCCACUUCCACGUCCCCUUUAUCAUUUAAUUGCAAGAUGCUUUGAGAUUAAUCCGUUUGAACCAUGGUUAACACGAGACAAAGUGGAUCGGUUUCACACAACUGACAUGGCAUUUCCUGAUCUUCCUGGUCUGGAGGAUCUGGGUAUUCAACCAACACCUCUAGAACAAAAAGCAAUUGAAGUUCUGCGCCGUCAUCGCAGAUACCGCUGGUUGGAGGCUGAGCUGGAGGAAGCAAAACCAGCAAAGACAUAUCCCAUGUAACAGUUGUCAAGGUUGUUACUCAUGCUUCUUAAACAGCCUUUCUGUGACCUGGUUUGGAGAACUGUGUACAUGCUGAUUAAAAUCCAUUAAUCACGUAAACUAUAUUUCACUAGUGUUACUGUCUCAUUCUUAAUUAUGGAGGAAUUUCAGAGAUAUGUAAUUCUUCUUUUAAAAGAUCGUGAAACCAAUUUUCGUAUUGUUCCUUAGUUUGUGAGCAUUAAGAUAUUGGGGUGAGGGGCAGUGUGUCAUGCAUCUAUAGCCAGUUUCUCCCUGUAUUUUCAAAGCAAGCCUUUCACUGGGUUUUAGUAAGUGCUCUCCUUAAAUGAUUUGAAGAACAUUAGAGUUCAAAACUGUGUGGUCUGGAAUACGUCUUUUCUGGUAGGCUGAACCAGUACUGCCACCUAUUCAGAUUAUCAGGUAUGAAAUAAAAUCAUUAUUGACUAUUUUGA